UAGGCAAGUCUGACAGCACAGCCUGUGACAUGGGGCUGAGAGCUGCCCUUGGAAGGGAGGGAGCUGAGUGUUGGGGGCAGUUCCUCACAGAGCCCCUGACAUCAAACUCUAGGCAUCUGGAAAGGCCUUGGGGUCCUUCUAUCCUGGACCCUAGAGGUCUUCUUUUGGAGUUGGUUGCCAUGAGUUGCUUCCUCCUCCCCACCUGUGUUUACUCACUUGCUUUGCCCCUUUGACCUGGUGAUACCUUAGGGAGUGACAUCGUGAACAGACACUUUUGCUACUGACAGUAACACAGAACCUGGUGGGAAGCGAGCCCAGCCUGUCUCCCUCAGCUGCUUCUUGCAGCCCCUGAGUGCUGGAAAUAAUCCCUAAGGGAGUGAAGAGGGCGUUUACUACUUGGGUGGAACUGGGGGACUUUGUAGCCUGUGCUGGAAUUCACCCUAUCCUGGAAGAGUGGUGCUCUAACUCCUGAAGCCUGUGAAGGCUGUUUGCAGGGUCUAGCACAAGGGUCCUGGGGGUGGUUGGAAGGAGGGAGGCCAGCCAGGGCUGCUCUCUGUGCCCAGGCCUGCUGGACACCCCAGCUGUGUUGGCCCCUCCACCUAGGCCUACGGCCACUGCCUGUAGCUGCAGGGGCAUCCAGGUGGGUAAGGCUCCCGGUCCUUUGACCUUCACGUGCUGCUUUCCCCCAGCCUAUCUCCUCACUCCUGCCCCCCUCCCCCUACCCCUUACUCUGCUUUCUCAUUUCUUUGCUUGCCAUUUUCCUUCUCAUUUCCUCCUCUUUUUCCUGUUUAACAAAUACCUUUCUUUUCUCUUCCUUGCUCGUGUUUCCUGUUUCUCUUCCUUCAACUCUGCCAUUCCAUUCUUUUGUUUCCUAUCUCCCUUUUCACUGUCUUUAAUUUCCUUUCUCCCUUUUUUCUCUUUGAUAUCUGCAGCAAAGCACUUAAACCCCUGCAUAACACUAAGCCCAAGAGCUUCCUGUUGGCUUCCUGUGGAUUAGACAUCUUCUGAAAGUUAAUUGCAUCUUUAACUGGGUGGAGCAGUGUCCAGGUAGUGGAAGGAGACAGAGGAAAUGAGUGAGAUCUCCAGGCAUAUUGAAAUGGUCAAAGAUGCCAUCCACAGCCGGGAGAAAGACAUGGAUGAAAUAAAUGAAAAUCUCUCUCAGAUCAAAGGCUUGAUUACUGAAGACUUUGGUGCCAUGAAAGAGCGUCUUGCCCAGGAAGAGAGAGAGACACUGAGGAUCAUUGCACAAGAGCAGCAAACAGCCCAGCAAAAAACAGAAGAAAUAAUUGGCCAGCUCACCAGCGAACUGAACAAGCUCACAGAAAUCAAAACCCAGAUGGAAAGAGGGGCAAACAACAGCCUGCUGAAGCAGCUGAAUUUUGAAGGAGAAAUAUGCACAGGCUCUUGUGUAACACUCAAUGGUGAGAAGAUCGUUGCUGUCACAAGUGCUGUAGAACAGUUCAGGAAACAAUUGGAAUCAAUGUUGGAGAGAUAUCCGAGGCAACUACCAUCAGAGUUUGAUUCAGCAAAGUACCAAGCAGCUCCCAAAGUACAACCUGGAGAUUUACUUGCUGAGACCAGUGUUGCCUCUUCAUGUCCAGAGCCUGCAGACAGUAGUCCAGACCCAAUUAUUUCAAGUCAGUUUGCUCUGUGGGCAGAAAAUGUGACCUUUGAUCUUGAAAGAAUUCAUCACCAGCUAGAGGUCAAGGAUGAAAACAGGAAAGUGAUUGUGUCUCUUUAUCCCCCACGUUACAAAGACUCUCCCAAUAGGUUCCGCAUUAGCCAGGUCAUGUGUUCCCAAAGCUUCUCUUCUGGAUUCCAUUACUGGGAAAUAAUUACCAAGGACAGCGCUGGAUGGGCCGUCGGAAUCGCUGACAGAAAGAUUGGUAGUGGGGAGAGACUGGGAAGAACUGAACUUUCCUGGUGUGUGGAAUGGACUAAUGGACAAUUGUCAGCAUGGCAUAGGAACCAGAAAACCCCACUAAAGGAAGGGAAACCCUUGAGGGUUGGUGUUUUUCUCAAUCUAUCAGACAAGAACCUGUCAUUUUAUUCCCUCGCCAAAGAAGAAACAUGCUUACAUACAUUUGAAAUCAAUAUCUUGGAGCCUGUGUACCCUGCCUUCUGGAUGUAUGGCUUGGAUGAAAACGGGUCCUUGAGUAUAAAUCAUAUAAAGAAAGAGUAGGCUACAAUACCUACGGAAAGGGAAGAAUUGGGCUGUAAUGCAUAGAGUUGCUUUAAUGCUGGACAUUAACGGGAUGUUUUCUUCCACUUUUCUCUGUGUUUGCCUUCCUUGUUCCAGACUGGGCCUGACCUGCUCUGGUUUUGCUAAAGUGACCCUGUCAAACAGUGAGGAGGAAAAGCAGCCCACGCUGACCAUUUCUCUUCCUCCAACUGCAUGUAGCCAGAGACUUAUUUCACAAAGGGCAGAAACAGGCUUAAGCCUAACCUACAGACUGCAUCUCACUAUGCCAAAGAACAGAGUGUCAAUAUAGGUACGGCACCACUUCAUCCUUUCAAGAGGAUUUCUUCCAGAAGGAUGCAUUUGAACAGGGAAAGCUCAGCAGGAGACAAGACUUUUAAUCUCAGCAGGGCAAACUGUUAUUAGGAGUAAUGUGCUAUAACACAUUCCCUUCCUACACGCAAAAAAGCCUGAGAAAGGUAGUUUAAUCGUGGUCUGAAAUCAGGCACGAGACAGGCAUGUUAGAGACUGACUGAUGGACAGAUAAGGUUCUUUGGGUAAAUCUGAUAUCUGUUAUUAGACCA